AUGAUGGCUCAAGAGGGUAAGUUGGACUACUCAAGCAAAGUGACACCCUUUGGCGAUGGACACAAAAUCACACUGACCUCACCGGACCUGCGGGUGAAGUUGCUUACCCUGGGUGCCACCGUCUCCUCUGUGCAGUACCGCGUGCCGCAAUUGGCUGGGAAGGACUUCGCUGACAAGGAUGGGUGGGUCAACCUCACCCUUGGAUUCGACACACCGGAGGAGUUUGUGCAGGAUACAGCCAGCAUUGGACGCACCUGUGGCCGUUACGCGGGUCGAAUUGCCCAUGGGGAGGUUCAACUAGACGGGAAAACUUUUAAGCUGCUCAAAAACGACGGUGAAAAUACGCUGCACGGGGGGCCCGAAGGGUUCUCGUGCCGGCCGUGGAAAUACAUCACGCUGGAGGGCGAGGAGGAGAUUGGAAUUUCAUUCCACCUCAUCUCGCCCCACCUCGACCAGGGAUUUCCCGGGGAACUCUUCGUCACGGCGACGUACGUCAUUUUGAAAAACCAACCUGCGGCGCUCAAGUGGAAUUUUCAGGCGGUCCUGGCGGACGCCACCCCGGUGAACUCCACCACCGUCAAUCUUUGCAACCACAUGUAUUGGAACCUCAACGGGGUGCCGGGGGUGCCACGCCGCCUUCCGGAGCCCGUCACGAACCACCAUCUGCAGCUUCACUCCGGCCACGUGGCCGAGCUGGACGGGACCAUCCCUACAGGUUCCAUGAAACCAGUCGAAGGGACACCGCACGACUACAGGAAGCCCCACUCGAUCCUUGAGGGCGUCGAGGCAACGCGGGCCGAUGGUCGCAACCCCCCAGGCUACGAUGACCCGGUUGCCCUUGACUCGUGGGACUCGCAGCUGCAUGAGGCGGCCCGCCUCUUCAGCCCCAAGACAGGUAUCAGCCUGCAGUUGGAUACAACUUCACCGGUGGUGGUGGUGUACACUGCGAACUACCUGCCGGUGAACGCCAGCGGGGAGGCAGGCGAGCGGUUUCAGCAGCACAGCGGCAUCUGCUUGGAAACGCAGUACUUCCCUAACUCGCCCCACAUCCCCAGUUUCCCCAGCACGGUGCUCAAGAAGGGCGAAAAGUACGAUGAGACCACCAUCUGUCACUUCAGGUUUGCCUCGCAGGAGUAG